UUUUUUUUUUUUCCUUUCUCUCCUUUAUUUUUUUUUUAUCUUUUAUUUUUAUAGGAUGUCUGAUACUGACAUUGAUUCACAAGCAGCAUCUUCGGCUCUUGUAAAAAGUAUUAUUGAGGAUUUAUUUUCUUAUAAUGCAAUAAAAAGAAAGAGGAUAUUGGAUUAUUACUUUUUCCAAAAUGCAACUUUAUCAUCACCAAUUAUGAGUACAGAAGGUGUUUUAAAUAUUCAAUAUGUUUAUACGGUUUGGCAGACAAUGAAUAGGGUUGAACCAAAAAUAAAUAACAUAGUCUUUGAUGGUCAAAUAGCAGUAGUUCAGUUAACGCAAACAAUAUCACCCUGUGUAUUUCCAUCAUUUAUUCAGUUUCAAAUACCUGCAAUUACUACGCUUUAUUUUAAAGAAACAGAUCAAGAGAGUGGUCUUUUAAAAAUUUAUAAACAAGAAGAUAGUUGGACAUUAGAAGGUUUGCUUCAGUCUGUACCACUUGUAUCAUUUUGGUAUAAUCAUGUUGUUCGUUUAAUGGUAGGCAAGAUCGUUACAGCUACAGGCGACAUAUUGGAUGCAGCAAUAGAUCAAGCACAGAAAAUAAUAUUACAAGCACAAGAAAUUCAACGUAUAGGGCGUGAUAUGGCUAUUGAUAGUAUGGAAAAAUUAGAUGAAUAUAAAGCAGAAAUGCAUGCUAAUUAUUUACAAGGUGUUCAAAAUUGGAGAGAAUCAUAUAUUAUGACGUCAAGUCAUCAUGAUGAUACAUCAGUUAUAACAGAAAAAGAGAACCCACUUCAUCAUCAUUCAGCAUCACCUACACCACUUAUAACUAAAAAAGAAUAUGAAAAGGCAGUUUUUCAUUAACAACAUAUAUAAAUUUAUGUAUAUUUUAUUUUAUUUUUAUUUUUUUAUUUUUUUACGGUAAAUAAAUAUUAAGUUAUAAUACAUGUA